CCGGGAUACGGGAGAGGCCGUAGACACCAUGGCGGAACGCUCCUCGGCCGGUCCCGGUGGCCGCGACGUUUGACGGACGAUGAGGAGCACGGUCGAACGGAAUGGCGGAGACGGUCUACUAACUCAGCACCAUGGAUGACAGGUACCACAAGGCGGCCCGGGACGGCUACCUGGACCUGCUGAAGGAGGCGACGAGGAAAGACCUGAACGCGCCGGACGAGGAUGGCAUGACGCCGACUCUGUGGGCCGCCUAUCACGGCAACCUGGAUGCUCUGCGGCUCAUCGUGGGCAGGGGGGGAAAUCCUGACAAGUGUGACAUAUGGGGAAACACGCCCCUCCACCUGGCAGCUGCCAAUGGACACCACAACUGUUUGUCCUUCCUGGUGUCUUUCGGUGCCAACAUCUGGUGCCUGGACAACGACUAUCACACACCGUUGGACAUGGCCGCCACAAAGAACCACAUGGACUGCGUCCGCUACCUGGACUCCAUCGCUGCCAAGCAGACAGCCCUCAACCCCAAGUUCGUCAGCAAGCUGAAGGACCGGGCGUUUCGUGAAGCCGAGCGGCGGAUUAACGAGUGCGUGAAGCUGCAGAGGAAGCACCGUAAACGUAUGGAGCGCAAGUUCCAGAAGGAGUCGUCCGAGGCGUCCGUCUCGGACGCCAUGAGCUUUUCCAGUUACACCAGCAGCUCCGUGAGCCGCAAGCUGCGCAGCUUCAACGCAGCCACCGUCAGUGUGCCAUACUCUCAGGCUACCCUCCAUGCCACAAACCGGGGGAAGACAAAGAUCCAGAGGAAGUUGGAAAAGAGGAAACAAGGCGACGGCACCUUCAAGAUCUACGAGGAUGGAAGAAAGAGCGUCCGCUCCCUUUCUGGCCUCCAGCUGGGCAAUGACGUCAUGUUUGUCAAACAGGGCACUUACAUCAACCCGAAGGACCGUGGCCGCCGCAAUAUCCGCGACAUGUUCCCUGGGGACAACGACGACACCAUCUCACGUGCCAUCAGUGAGCCAGACCUCCACGGGGCGGACGUGGACUACUCUGAGAUAAGCACCGACUCGGGCCAUGACUCCCUCUUCAACCGGCCCGGCCUGGGCGCCAUGGUGUUCAGGAGGAACUAUGUCAGCGGUGGGAUGUUUGGCCUUGGUGAGCACAAUGAAGCAGGCUCGGCGGGAACCGACCGGACGGGGGAGACUGUGCGCUUACGCAGCAGGCUCCAGCGCUCUCCGAGCCUGGAUGAAGAUAGCCUCGGCAGCGCCCACAGCCUGCAGGAGAGGAACGUGCAGGAGCUGCCGUGGGACGAGGUGGAGUUAGGGCUGGACGACGACGACGAGCUUGAGACGAGCCCCCUGGAGGUCUUCCUGGCCACCCAGAGCAUGGGCGAGUUCAUCUCCAUUUUCAAGAGGGAGAGGAUAGACCUCCAAGCCCUGCUGUUGUGCUCGGACCAGGACCUCAAGAGCAUCCAUAUCCCCCUAGGGCCCCGAAAGAAGAUCUUAGAUGCCUGUCAGAGACGUCUGGAAACCAUUGAGGACCCAGACUGCAUCGAAGACACAGAACUAUAAACGACUUCCUGUAGACGGCCCUCCUGCCAUGUAGCGCUCAGUCUCGCUCAAAGGUCCAUGGAGUAUGGCGGCGAGCAUGUCAUGUAUGGACAAAGAGGACUUUGUGAUUUAGUUAGCUACUCCGUUGUAAGCCAGGCAGAGGGGAAAUGGUCAAGACAAAUAUUCAAAACGAGAAGAGAUGGGCCUGAGAGGAAUUUGGAGCAGGAAUUUUGCCUCGUACAACUCGGCACUGAAGACGCGUCUAAAAGACUGUCUACAUCAUAGCCUCGCCGAGUUACAGGAAUUCACUACAGUGCAUGAAUGAACAAACCGAAUAGCUGCCGUUGAGACGCAGCGUCGUUGGAUGUCACGUGGCAUAAUCAAUAGAGAGUUGUUUUCAGGGGUCUGUGUUCACCAAACAGGCCUCAGAGUUUGCCCCUGUGGGGUAGGUUUUACCAUUGUCUGUGCCUGUGUCACUCGUGCCUGUACAUUUGUUUAAAUGCAUUUUAUAAUAGAUGUUUUUGACAUUAUUUUCAAAAUAAUUUGUUCAUUAACUCAAUCAACACUGCCUUCUGUAAAACAAACAAAAAAAAGUUUUAGCAAGACGUCUUGAUGCAUGCUCAAUAAUCCAGGUGAGGGAGUCACAGGAAGUUGAAUCAGUUCGUCUGGACACAAGGUUUAUUGAGAGAAAUGGUUCAUCACUCUUCAGUCUCAACUGGCUGCAGGUAUCCCCACCCUUAUAAAUAAUACAGCGGCAUAAC